AGGAAAGUACUUGGACUUUCUGGGUAGCGUUACACGUACCUCCAUUCAAGCUCCUGUCUCAUAUCCGUUGUACUUAGCAGUGCACAGAAAGAAAAGACAGCGAAAGAAGGUAAUUAUAUAUAAAAAAGAUAAGAGCAACAUGCGUUGCAGCGGUCUUUUGCGGUCGCAGAGGAUGCUGAGCGUCCUGUCAGAUUUAGCUGCAUCAAACAACACAACGACGUAUUAUGAGAUCCUCCACAAGCCACAGAUUCCAGUGACAUCGUUUCCUUUCAUACCCCCACCGCGCUGGGCGACGGAGCUCUCACGUCUGCUGCACAAAUCUUUUCCUGAUAUUCCUCAGAAGCAUCACGGCCGCUUCUUGCAAGUAUUUGUUCACCCGAGUUUCACCACAAGCGCUGGUGCAUCCGGUACCAUGCUGCCCCUCAUACCGAUAGGUGAGGCACUUUUAGAGAAGAUUGGCGGACUGUGGAUUCUUUCCACAUUUGAGGGCAUUAAACGAGAGGAGUACACCUCCCUGCUCGCCCUUCUCAUGAGUGACACGGCCUUGUGCCGCGUCCUGCGAGACCACUGGGGAAUGGAACACAUGGUACUCACCGACGCGUCGGCCGACCUGUUCUCAAAAGAGCGCUUGAAUUCUUCCAAGGGAAUGGUGCGCUGGCUUGCUGCGCAAGGCACUGCGGGCAGAGCACAGGCACUUCCCGAACCGUACGCCGCCGGCUGCGUAAAAGCGAUGGUUUCAGCAAUAUUGCUGGAGCACGGGUACGACACAGCGCAUCACUUUGUUACCUCCGAAAUACUCCCAUACCUUUUGUAA